CAGCACUGGGAAAGGGGAGGAUUCAGAGAUCCGCAGCUCAUGACCGCCUUCAGUGUGUGUAGCCUGAUUUUUGUGGCGUUACCGAUAGCCUUAAACACCUCCAGCAGCAUCACUCUGCUGUGGACGGUCGCUGAGGAAGCAUCGAUUAUUCGGCGUCGUUUCUGGUCAGGAUUGUCCUGCAGUGACCACCGACUGACUGCUGGACUGCAGCGAGCAUUUGAACCCCCACCAGUGGUGCCCAGCGUACCCCGAGAGCUCAGACAUGCCAUCUGUGUCGACUGGAAACGUUGCGGUGUGCUCCGAAAUUCGCUUUACUACUUGAGGGAAUCAAAGUUGGUGCAAUGGAGACUUCCGGGAGUGAUGCGGCGGACGCGUACUUAAGAAAAGCCGAAGACAGAGAAUACGAUCUUGAGCAUCUGCCUCCACUGCUGGAGGAUGAGGAAAAUGUUUCUCUGGCAGACAUCCUUUCUUUGCAGGACAGUUGUCUGUCUGAGGAGGAGGUGUGGGCAGUGUGUGCAGAGUGUGUUCUGGCCCUGCAGAGCAUCAGACCCUCCCACCUCUUCCACACACUGUGCAUAACACCAGACACUUUGGCCUUCAACGCCCAUGGGAAUGUUUGCUUCAUGGAGCAGCUCAGUGACGAUCCAGAAGGCUCCUUCGUGCCGCCUGAGUUUGACAACACGGGCAGCACGUUUGAGGGCCAUGUUUAUUCUCUGGGCUCUACGCUUUCUGCCGCACUGAACUUUGUCAUCGAGCCAGAGCUGGAGGCAGAUCUGGGAGAAGAAAUCCAGAGGCUGCUGGAGCAGAUGCAGGAGGAGAAGCCUGAGGACCGGCCGCUCCUGCAGGACAUCCUGUCUCUGGCUGAAGGACGGCUGUCCCGCACCUCCUCUGCAGCUGUAUGCCGCAAACUCUCCUCAGUUGGACGACGCGUGCUCUCCAUUGAAUCGGUUUCAAACUUUCAAGAUGGGCAGGAGAGCUCCUGGGAGGCGAGAUGGCAGCAUUCCAAACCUAAAUGUCUUCUUAAAAGACUGAGCUCAGAUGACAACACCAAAGAUCAGCAUGACAGUUCUGUUAAAACAAAUGGUCUGUCCAGGCAGCAGCUGUGUGGGGGCUGGGAUUCCACUCUCUGGGCUGAGGACAUGGAGGGCAGUGAAAGAGACAGCUUGAUCUUGACAGAUGAGAUGGAUUGCCGUUCUCACAACAGCUCCCCAGUGAGGAGGAGAGCGCAGCAGAGGCUGAACAGAGUGAGGGGGGCCCUUAACCGCUCCUGUUCUGUCCCGGACUCCAACAACCCCCCCUGCUUCUCCCCUCCAAGUCACGGAGACAUCAGUAUACCGGUUUCAGACCUCACUGAGAUAGGAGCAGACGAGCACUUGAGCUGCAAGUCUGUGUGGAGUAACAGACUUCAGAGAUUCAGCCGGGGAAAGUCCUGUGAGACGUACCCACACUGUAACAGUGAGGACUGCUGGGAAAUGUCCAGAGAAACUGAGGAUGCUGCCGAGACUGAACACACCAAUAUUCAAGAGUGCCACGAAAGUCAGUAUGAGGAGUGCGCCCAGGACUUCAUACAGGACUUUGUGCAGGAAGUACAGGAUUCCUCGUCCUGUACUUCCCUGAACAUGGAACAGGACUCUUCUGAAGACCAGACUUCACUAAACCACAGUCUAUACAUUCCUAAUAACUACAUGACCAAAAGCAUGCUGUUCCUGAAUGAAGAAUCUCAGGAUGAGUGGAUCUCUCUAAGAGAGUUGCUUGCUCGUUGUGGACGGAGGCUGACAGUUAAUGAGCUGUGGGCUCUGUGUUACACCUGCCUAACCUCACUGCAGAGCUACAUUGACUUUCCAGCCUAUUUAUGCCUGGACACGGCGCAUGUGGGCUGCAAGGGAGAAGUGCUUUUUUUGAAACCUAAAAACAUAGGAUCUAGAGAUGAAUUUUAUCUUGCUCCUGAAUAUCAAGAGCAUGGAAUUGUAACAGAGAAGGUUUGCGUGUAUGGGGUUGCUGCCAUUCUCUGGGCCACAGCCAAGUUCAGUUUAUCACCUAAUCAAAAACUGGCGAUGCCUCGGAAAUUAAAGAGACUGCUCCUGGAGAUGGCUAAGAGGACGCCUAUCGAGCGACCUACCAUCGACAUGGCUAAAAAAAGCUGUUGUGACUACUUAUCACGCCAGGGGACAAAUGCUGAGACUGUCUGGAACAACCUCAUCAGCAGAGUUCACCCGCCAACCUUAAAAUUCUCAGAUGCAGAAGAUUUGACGACCACUGAAACAUGCCAAAAUUCAUGUGAAGAGUCUGCUGAAAACAACAGUGGCUUUGUCCCCAUGGCCACUGAGAGCCGACUGGCUCCUGUGCCUGGCCCUGUUCCCCACAGCUAUCCAGUCAAUCAGGAACUCCAGCUCCCAGAGGCCUUCACUUCCACCGCCACACACUUCACCCCCAUCAUCCUGACCAGUGAAGGAGGUUUAGAGGGGGGGGACCAGCAUUUUUCAAAUGACACUGAAGGGACUAUGGAUGGAUUCACCAAAGGCAGGGAUCAAAUUGUGAAAAGCAGCCUCGAUUUCACUCCACCCUCUGAGUACCAACUUCCUCCACAAACUGAACCCAAUCUCCGUACUCAGGAGAAAACUACAUCUUUUACAACUUCUAGCAGCAAGAUGCUGGUCGACUCCCCUUCUGCUCUCCCUGAUAUAUCUUAUCUCGAAGUCUCUGUUUCUCUGCCAUUAUCCACUAACCUCAAUGGUUGUGGUAUUUUCAAUAAUUACCUCUUUCGGCAGAACCCCACAACAGGGCAUCUUUCUCUAGUGCCUGUGCAGGUCAAGGCUCCCGAGUCUGUCCUCGGGUUGGAUAUAAAUCUCUCCUUGGUCCCUCAGCCUUUGCAGGGGCUAAUCACAGAGAGCACUGAUGGUUCGUUUAUUGACUGUCUUAAUGUGCCUGUUAGGCCUGGACCACAGGAGUAUGAACCACCAUCAUCACAUUUUAGUGGAAGCUCAGUCAUUUCCGACUCCUGCAUGGAGCACAGUGUGCUUGGAGCAUACAAGGUCCAAACAAAUCCAAGAACACAAGGUGAGAACCAGUCUGCUCGAACAUCCAGCUCCCCAGAUGUCCACCCUGCCUUAAAGGAGGUGAUCGAUCUGUUGAAGGGGGAGUUUUCCCUUGAUGGAUAUUUGAACAAUGGGCAUGAGGACAUUGCCAUGGGGGAGUUCAUCUUCUCUUUGAGGGACCUCCAAUACCAGGCGUUUGCCAGCAUCGUGAAGGAGAGAUUCACUGAUCUCUACUGGGAAGAUGACUUACUGGGUGUAUUGCAUUGCUUGGUAAACUGCAGCACUUCCACACUCAGCUCUAAUGAUCAGCCUCCAUCAAAGGCUGUGAAAAGGGCAACCGUUACCCCAUCCUCGAUAGCCGCUGUCAGGAGAGGGAAGAGAGAAGUUUGCCUGAACAGCUGUCUCGAUCUGAAUGGAAACUUCCGCCCGUCCAGUCCUGUUGCUGGGGAUUUUUGGGAAGAAACCAAGGCCCAGUCCUGUCAUGCAGAAAAUAGGACUGUACUCGAGGAUGUCAGAUUGAGUUCAGAGCAAAAUCAGCACUGCAUCAGUGAAGUUCCAGGCGUGAACGCUGACAGUUCAGACUUGGGGGUCAUGGAAGGAAGAGGUCAUUCAGUGGGGGGCAGCGAUGAAAGCCCCUCUGAAGCUGAGGUUCUAUCAGAGAGAGAGGAAAGGCUUACAGGAGCCCACGAUGAGCAGAUGAGCCCAGACUGCUCCGAGGACAUGGAGGACAGCGACUCCGUGGCGUCUGAGCGGCUUCUCUCCUCCGGUUUCAGAGCAGAGGGUCUUGGCCUCAUUUCGAGCCCGGACUGGGCCUUGGCCUUCUUCGGCGAAGAGUGCUUUAGUCCCGAUGUGAUCCAGUAUGCAGGGAAUCUGGGACAGCACACAGGAUCGCCAUGUCUGGACGUAAAAGCACAGGAACUGCAGCAGCAGCUUGUAAUUGAAACAAGGAAUCUAAAGAAAACAAGAAAUUUCUACCAGAAGUUGAUUCAACAAGAGAGGAAAAACAAAGGUCCUGAGAGCAAGCCAAUGCUCUUUAAACUCAAGUCACAGCUCGAGGAACUCAGGUCCAAAGUAGCCUUCUUGGAUAGUGUGAAGAAAUACCUCGAGAUUCUCAGUGUGGAUCAGUGGGGUUUGGAGCUUUCGUUGCUCCCCGCUUUGGCUGUCUGUGAACUCGAGUCGUUGGACCUCGAGUCCUCAGAGGACAUUUCAGUCUUGAGUUUUGGUACCAGCAAAGGGAAGAGCACUCUGCAGGCUGGAUCUUCUCUGGGCCUCAUGGCAUACCUCUACGCCAGAAAUGCAGCUGUGGAGGGCUACAUCCAGCAGUUCCUGUAUACGUAUCGUUUCUUCUGCACUCCUGAGCAGUUACUGCAGUUCAUAAUGAAUAAAUUCAUCUGUGCUGUAAGGGAGGGACCUGAUUUGUCAGGAGACAGUGAAAAGGUUUUCCAUCGGAGUUUGCACUUGCUUCACUUCUGGAUAACAGACUGCAGAACAGUGGACUUUGUGCCUAACUCCAGCCUCGUGGACGUGUUAGAAAAGUUCCUUAAUACUGAGGUGAUUCCUGUAGACAGCCAAGGGGAAGCCUUGCUUAUUGGUCUUCACAGCCCGCUGAGUAUGAGUGCAGCAAGCCAUCUGACAGGGAGCCUAAUCAGCUUUGACGAAGUCGAUGACUCUGGGUGUUUGCAUUCAUCUACUGAGGAUCUUGGGAAAAAGUGGAGGAUCUCGCGAGUGGUGGAGCCCUCUGCAUCCAUGUCUAAAGAGAAGGCCUUCUCCAUUGCUGUGGCUCUGCCCAUGCCUUGUCACCGCUCCCUGAUGGAUGAGCUCUCCAGCACUUGCUUGCACAAUGAAGAACGACUGCCCUUCAGCCAAAAUGAGUACAGUGCACAGCACAUAGCCCAACAGCUCACGCUCCUGCAGCAGGAAAUGUUCCAAGGAUGCCAUCCAGUUCAUUUACUCAACUCCAGAAUACAAGGAGUCAGGGACAAAGUCUCAACCCCGAACAAAAAUGUGUCGCAGCAUAUUCCACCAGCAGAGGGGAGCAGUGGGCUUGCACGUGAGGGGCCAGCUUCAGAGAGCUACCUUCAGCGGCUGCUCACGUACGCUGAUAGUGUCACUAACUGGAUCUCUGCUGAAAUAGUCAUCUGCGACUCUGUCAAGAAGCAAGUUGCUCUGCUGACCAAGUAUCUGUGGAUAGGAAAGCACUGCUACGAAUCGAGGAACUUUUCCACGGCCAUGCAGGUCCUCGGAGGUCUGGAGAACGUGAUUGUCAGGCAAUUACCGGCGUGGAAACAUCUGUCGUCCAAGGUGUGUGAGAUUCUGGAGGAGCUACGAGCUGUGCAGGUUUUUCUGAAGAGUGAUGAUCUGUGUCUUAUGGGAGGUGAACAUACAACAAAGAAGCCCACGCUGCCCUCAGCCCACAUCCUGGCUAUGCACGUGCAGCAGCUAGAGAUCGGAGCUUUCACUCUCACCACCGGGGCUUACAAAUGGACCAAACUGAGGAGCAUAGCAAAGGUUGUGAGUCAGGUCCAUGCCUUCCAAGAGGCCGUGUACCCUUACAGCCCAGACCGGGACCUGCAGGGCUACCUUCGCCGCCGCAUCGCCCGGUUCACCACCUCGGACAUCCACCUCUUGGCCGCCAACAGCGAUGCCAACUUCCAGCAGUCGAGCGAGCGCCAGACACGGAGGAUCCAGGACACACUGAGGAGGGUUAAGGCCACCUUCCAGUGAGACAUGCUUUCACAGCCCGGCGUUAGAGGUCAACACCUGGAUAUGUACGAGCCAAAAAGUGAGGCGCCAUGUCCAGACCACAGUGCGCAGACACUCCCUGGUCCCAGACUGGAAAAUAUUUUCUGAUAUCAAUUGACUGUUUGUCAAAAACACCUUAACUUUAGUCAGUAAUAUAGAAUCUGAGGUGAACUUAGCUAAAAGCUCUGUGUAUGAACAGGUUCUGCUGUUGUUCCCACAUGCUUGAUUUUCAUGUUAGCAUUUUUUUCCUAUAAACCAACAGGAGUAGUGGGUAAUUUUUUCUUCCUCAGCUAAUACUGACAUUCUUCUUCUGUAAUUUAGCUGUUAAAACCUGUAUGUAAGCAUAUCUGGACUAAACAUGGCAGCUGUACAAUGCUUGUCCAACACCAAGAUCGGAUUAAAAAAGUGAGUUACUGUGCGAGGGCCUAAAACACAAAAAGCCAAAGGUUCUUUAUAUAGCAGUGUAGUAAUAUGAUCAAUUAUAAGAUAUUUAGAAUAUGCACCAUUAAGCAAAAUAUCAGCUGAUAUGUGAGGAGCCUUAAGGGGAACUUCCAAAAUGACCUUUUUUGGCACCUUUUGGAAGCAUUGAAGCAUUUGUAAAGAUUUUAUUUCUGCAAAUAUUUUUGUUUUAUACAGAAACAUUAGAAAUCCUCUCACUAGUUUCCUCAUACCAGUAGUUUGGUUUUCACUUAAAUCUCCCGACAACUAACUAACUGACUGUUACAGCUUCACCGAUUCUUAACUCUUAAUUUAGCGCCGUCGUGAGGUCAGGUUUGUUUCAUUAAUACUUCAGCUCUGGAUGUCACACUUAUUAAGUCCCGGGGCACAUACGGUAUAAUUUGAUCUUCAAUGAGUACAAUUUUCACGUCAUAACCUUUAUUAAAAAAAAAAAGCUUUUCCACACUAAGUAAAGCUGUCAUCAUCCUUUAAUUACAAUUUACAGAUAAGAGCAGAUCUAUGAAGUCGAAAAAAACUUUUGUAACUUGUGGUUCUUUUAUGAUUCAAAUAAUUUUUCUAGAUAUAAAACUGCUUUUUCAUUUUCUGAUACAUUUUUACUACAGUGGAGUUAUGCUAGCACUGCAUGAACACACCAGGGAUACUAGUGCAUUUUAAUAAAAGCAGAAAGAAGAAGUCAUUAAUGAAUUCACAGCUAUUUCUAUACUUUGGACUGCAGUGGAGCCUCUGGCAGCAAGUUCUGGUUGCAUGCUUGACAUUUCUGCUUUGAGUUUAGAGCAGACUAAGAAAACUUUGUGUUUACAUCUAACUCAAAUUUAACAACACAUUAAACUUUGAGCGUAAAAUGUGGCUUGCAAACUUUAACACUAGCAGCAGUGUCAUUGUGAGCAUGUUGGACUGCUGACGUUAGCAUUUACCACAAAGCAUCGAUGUGUUGUGAUUGUUAUAAGAACUGGACGCUGGAUUCAAAGACAGUUCCUCCUCAGCAGCAAUUAACAUGCCUGUCAGCCCAUAAGACAAAAAGACACUAUUUUCAGGUAAAUGAUGUCGUCGUGUCACUUCUUUGGGAUUUUUAUUUUAACCAGAACUGCUCUGGCUACAGUGUUAAUCAAAUUCUCUUCAUUAUGAUUUUUAUUGAUCUCAGCUCGAUGAUUAAACCACAAAGACGGUCUCCGCAGUUUCAAUCUUUUAAUAGGUACAGUAAGAAAAUGCUGCUGUAGUUGAGCACUCAGUGAUGCCAACGACAUCAAAAAGUUUCAGAAUCUCUGGAAAGCAGUGAGCACUGAGCGGGAACUUUUUCCUGUUUCGAUUGACACGGCAUUUAAUUUAGACGCUGUUAAUAUCAUUGGAAAUGCAGUUCCUCAAAAUGUUCUCGGUUCCUUGGAACUUGUGGGAGAUCCAAGUUCUGUUCUGAAGGGAAUUCAUAUGGUUUUCUACACAAACGUGACUGAAAUGACUGUGAAAACAUAAUGAAAGAGAGAACUGUGAUUCUGCACAAAUAGCAGUCACAAUGUAAAGUGAAUGCGAGAUUAUUGAGGACUCCAUUAUUUCAGCUGAUAUUGUGCGUACACGGUGCAUAUUCCAAAAUGAUUAAAGGCCCGCGUUUCAUUAUAUCACCACACAGCAAAACCUGCAGAGCAUGAGUAAUUGCAUCAGAGGAAAGUAGUGGAGGUAAAUAGGUUGCAAACUUUGAAUCCAGCCAUGUCAGUCAUUCAAGUGAAAUAAAGCACGAUUAUUUCUUUUCUUUUUUCCUUUUUAAAGUUCAACACAGAGGUGGUACGAGAUUAAGUGGCACAGUUUGGCUCCAGUUGUCCCCGCAGAGGGAAGGCUCGCUUCAGAUCCAAAAAUGUGUUUCUGAUUGAUCACCUUAUUUUUUUGUAUGAAAAAUCCUUUCUAGCUAUUAUGAGAUUUCUCUUAUCCAGUAUUGCAGCGGGCCCAUCCACUGCUCCUUCACAGUCAGCAGAUCUCAACCUAAUUGAGGGGACAUUGCAGUCUGAUGCAUUCUCCAAAACACCAAAAGAGGGGAUGGUCUUUGGGGGAAUGGUUUUCCAUCCCUCCAGUAGCUUUCCAGACACCUGAAAAAUCAAUGCCAAGGAGCACUGAAGAUAUUCCUGUGACACAUGGUGGGUGAACACCUUUCUAAAACACUUGAUGUUGUUUUUCCUCUCGCUGGUCACAAGCCUAUAGCUUCUAUUUGUUUACCAAUUAGGAUUUGAAAUAAGAAUUACAUGACUAGAUUGAUAAAUUAAAAUAUAAUAAUCCCAUUUAAACAGCGCCAUGUGUAGUAAUUGCAUUCAUUAAGAAUAGCGUGUGGUGAAAUGCAGAAAGACACGCUCACAGUCGUGACAAAAACUUGCCAUUACCGAGCAAAUGAUGGAACAUAAUGAGAUGUCGGCAUGCAAAAUGUUACUCGAGGAAUGAUGUUCAGCCUGUGUCUGCUGUCUGUUCUCGCACGCGGUGAAACCCAGCGUGGAGAUGGAAUGUGACGUGCUAUGACGAUUUGCUUAAUAUGGCCAAAUAAAUGAGA